AGUCACGCGUUGUUGUCGGCUUGCUUGAAAGCGUUGAGCGCGAUUGCAGCCGGUGUCGCUGUUAUUUUAGAUGACUUAACCAAGUGCUGUUUUGUAAACUUAUUGUGUAUGGUAAAGGCGAUCAGGUAAAGGUAGCAAAACGAUCUGAUCGGCAGGCAUGGCUUAUUACUCGGCCCACGAAAAGCGGAAGGCGACUGAAGGGGCCCUGGUUCCCGUGAAGAAGCCUCGACAUGAUCUCGUCUCUGCCUCUGAUCACAACAAGCGACUCCAGCUGGCUGAUAUCAACCGCACAUCCAGUUUGGAGGCUCCCAUCAUGCUCCUUACCGGACACCUGGGUGAAAUCUACUGCGGCAAGUUCCAUCCUGAUGGCACGUACCUGGCCACAUCUGGCUUUGACAGGCAGAUCUUUUUCUGGAACACGCUGGGCGAGUGUGAGAACUUCGGCGUCCUCAGUGGCCACACCGGUGCUGUAUUGGACAUGCACUUCUCCACAGAUGGCAGCCUGCUGUUCACAGCAUCCACGGACAAAACACUUGGUGUGUGGGAUACGCACGUCGGUGUAAGAAUCAAGCGACUCAGGGGGCACACCCUCUACGUCAACGCCUGCCACCCAGCAAGGAGGGGCCCACAGCUGAUCUGCAGCGGCAGUGAUGACAGCACACUCAAGCUCUGGGACACAAGGAAGCGCACUCCAGCUCACAGUUUCCAGGAAAGCUACCAGAUCACAGCAGUGUCCUUCAAUGACACGGCAGAGCAGAUCUUCUCUGGUGGCAUUGACAACCAGAUCAAGGUGUGGGACAUGAGGAAAAAUGCUGUGUUGUACAGGAUGAUGGGACACCUUGACACCAUCACUGGCCUCUGCCUCAGCCCUGAUGGCUCCUACAUUCUUUCAAACUCCAUGGACAACACAUUACGGAUCUGGGACGUCCGUCCAUUUGCCCCGCAAGAGCGAUGUGUCAAGAUCCUUCAAGGACAUAUGCACAACUUUGAAAAGAACCUGCUGCGGUGUGCCUGGUGUCCAGACGGCAGCAAGGUUACGGCCGGCUCGGCCGACCGCUAUGUGCACAUUUGGGACACCACAAGCCGCCGCCUGAUUUACAAGCUGCCUGGCCACAACGGCUCGGUCAAUGAUGUCCAAUUUCAUCCCAAGGAGCCUAUCGUGCUGUCUGUUGCAAGUGACAAGCAGGUGUACCUCGGAGAGAUUGACAAAUAAACCCAUUCUACAAUAAAGAUAUUCAGCCUACUUCA